GCAAAAUCAGCUGUGAAUUUAUCCGAAUUAGCAGAGUUGCCACCAGUAGCACUAUCUUGUGAGUUAGUCGGAAGAAACCAUGACGUUCAUCAUCCAAAACCGGAUCUAGACCUGUGGAUAACAAGUAUGCAGCCUUUGCAUGAUUCACCUUUUGAUUCUGAUACUUCUCCAGCUGAGAUUUUCUGCUACAGGAAGGACUACCUCAUGUUCAACAGUGUGGGGACAUCUAAUCCAAGUGCUACAGCCGCUAUCUCUGGUAUACAAUGGCUAAACCUUUUGAUGCUCUUAGAUACAAGUUGUCUUAUUUAUCAUUGCUUAAUUUUGCUGAACUGUUGAUAGAAACAGGAACUCCUCAAACUCAGUGUCCUGCUUUUCCGCCACCAGAAGAAUCGCCGAAGCAACCAGAAAAUAAUGCAGCUCCUGGGGAUGAUAACCGAAGAGAAAUAGAGUUGCCGCAACCAAACGCGCCAUUGCCUGUAAAUCAAGCUCCAGUCCAAGACCCUGCCCCCCCAAUCCAAGGCCCUGCCCCAAUGGGAGGCCCUGCCCCCCUAAUCCGAGGCCCUGCGCCAAUCCCACAGGAAAACCCAAUCCCCAUUCUAUUUGCACACCCGAGCGGAGGAAUGGCUACCCGAGACUUUAAUAAUUUGGAGCUUAUUGGUAUGACUACCCGAGAAGAAUGUCUUCCACUGGGAAACAUUGAAGCUUUACAGCCCCACAUUCAAGCUUUAGUGUCGCAUCACCACCUCGUGACUAAUAUCCCCUUCUUCUCCAUGCUCUUACAGCAUGACAAACCUCGUUACAAUACCCGGUACUUGACCCUUCCUAUCCUCUAUGACCGGCUGAUUUUCCUUACUGAUAGGAUAAUAAUACUUCCUCCUGAUUUCAUUCGUCGUCCUAGGUUGUAGGAGGAAUGAUUUUGUUAUAUGUUGUAGGUUGGAAUCCUUGUAUGUUGAAUUGUUGAUG